CAUUGCUGGCUAACCACAUCAUAUCCGCUGUGGAUCAACACACUGAAAACAUCUAGACAAAGUACUGCACGUGGAGAUGGAUGGAAAAGCGAGCGACCCCUUUAGCAGUGAGGCGGAGCAGCUUCCUGGAGCAGGAAUAGUGGGGAGGCUGUGGCUGCCUAAAGGUCUGUCUGGAAGUGCGAUUAAGGAUUGGUUGGAUCGCAGGCGGAAGGCCAUCCGUCCGUGGGCCAGCUUUGUAGAUCAGCGAAAGUUCUCCAAACCCCGAAACUUUGGAGAACUGUGCCAACGUGUGGUGAGGAACCUGAACACCUAUCAAAACAACUACACAUUCAUCUUCCUGGGACUCAUCCUCUACUGCAUUAUCAGUUCCCCAAUGCUGUUGAUUGCCUUGGGAGUGUUUGCUGGUGCCUUCUAUGUAAUCCACUUGAAAACACUGGAAAAGAAGCUGGUUGUUUUUGGCCGUGAGUUGACUCAGGGACACCAGUUAGGUUUAGCAGGAGGAGUUUCCUUUCCUGUGUUCUGGCUAGCUGGAGCGGGAGGAGCUGUGUUCUGGGUACUAGGUGCUACACUAGCUGUCAUUGGCUCGCAUGCAGCAUUUCGUGAGCUGGAGUCUUCUGAUAUGGAGGAGCUGCUCAUGGAACCUGUUUAAAAGGACACCUCUCACCUUUGACCUUUUGCCUCAUGUUAACCUGAAAUGUGUUGCUUCAUCAUUUGUAUUGCCGCAUACUGGUUGUGCUACUUUGUAAUAUGCAUCAAUGAUUAUACAAUAUCAACAUACUCAUGGACAGACCAGCAAAGAGAUAAGGAUAGACUGUUGAAAUGACUUUUAAGACAGAAAGACAGAUCAAAUACAUUUAAAGACCUCAAAUGCCUUCAGAAUAGUACCUAUUGGAAAUCAUUUUCAUUUGUUACUCACGUAAAGUUAUUUACUUUCUCAACAUCCUUAAAGCAAACACAAACCAAAUUGAUUGUGACCUAAAAUAAAACUCUGACUUAAAAAAAUGACAAAUCUGUAAAAGAAUAACGUUUAUUGUUAAUAUUGUAAGUAUUUUAAUAUAUAUAAAAAUACACACUUUACCUGUAAAGGUGAUUUUGAUAAGAUCUUUUUCUAGAGAACAUAUAUCAUGAAUAGCUUCACAAAGAAAAAAUUGGUUAUGCUAGCUCAUCCAUUUAAAAAAACAACAACCCUGCAACCAGAUAACAAGAAUGUGCUCUCUUGACAAAUUCAGUGAUGUGUGUUUAUAUAUAUAUAUAUAUAUAUAUAGUGACCAGGUAUUACAUAAUCAUAUGUUUUAAGCUAUACUUAACUCAUUUGUACUGUUAACUCACUUGCCUUUGUUACAUGGUAAAGAUAUGUACUGUUGCUAUUAAUGCUAUUUUGUGUAAUCAACUCCUGAUAAUAUUCCCAGUGGAAGGGUUUUUAUUUGUCUUUGUUCCCUCAUUUUAUGCAAAAAAAAACAACAAAAAAAACAACAAAAAAAAAAAAGUUUCAUCUGGCAUCUUAUGUAUGACUUGCUUCUUUUGUAUUAAUAAAUGGGAAGUGCAAUAAAA